AUGGAGACGAACAAACGGUCCUCAGCCGACAUUUCGCAUGUGGAGAAGCCCUCGGACUCCAAACUCAUCGAUGACGAUGCGGAGCUCUAUGGCAUCUCCCACGAGGAGCACAACAGGACCUUCCGCAAAGUUGACUGGCAUUUGAUGCCGUUGCUGAUGGCCCUGUAUCUAAUUUCGAACCUGGACAGGGCAAAUCUCGGCAAUGCCAAAAUCGAAGGGCUUGAGGCCGACCUUGGCAUGACUGGCAAUGACUAUAAUCUUGCCAACAUGAUGUUCUUCGUCCCCUACAUUUUGUGCGAAGUCCCGGCAAACACCAUUCUGCUCAAGUUCGACAAGCCUUCGACUUGGAUCGGUAUCAUUGUCACGGCCUGGGGAAUUAGCCGGCUUCUUCCUGGCGCUGCGUAUCUCUUGAGCCAGUGGUACCCUCCGAACAUGACUCAGUUCCGCAUGUCCAUGUUGUACUGCGCUGCAGCCAUGUCCGGUGCCUUUUCGGGUUUGUUGGCAGCAGGCAUCGCCAAAAUGUCCGGCUUAGCCGGUUACAACGGUUGGCGCUGGAUUUUCAUCAUCGAGGGCGUCUUGACUGUCGUCUUCGGCCUCGCAUCGUUUUUCCUGCUACCCGACUCCCCGGCACACUCAACCCGAUGGCUCUCUGAGACGGAGAUUGGCUACCUCCAGCAUCUACACAAAAAGUACAGAGGCACCCGCCAUCAACAAGAAGACCCUCUAGAUGAGGAGGCGCCGGCCAAGCGGAAAGAGCAGUGGAAGAUCCUGCGUAGCGUCGUUACCGAUUGGCAACUUUACUUGCAGGCCUUCAUCUUCAUGUCGAGCUCCGUCCCCACCUACGCGCUCAAGUUCACCCUACCGCAAAUCAUGGUCAACAUGGGUUUCAAGAGCAACGAGGCGCAACUUCUGUCAGCCCCUCCUUAUGUGGCGGGUGCCAUAUCUGCCCUCGUAGUGGCCAGGUUCGCCGAUAGAUUUUCCUGGCGCCUACCCUUCAUCGUCGGGCCGCAACUAUGUCUCAUGGCCGCGUAUGCAGUUCUCUUUUCGUUUAGCGCCGAAAUAUCCACCCAUGUAGCGUUGUGCUACACCUUUGUCCACGUCGCAACUGUUUCCGUUUAUCCCAUCGUCCCUGGUGGUAACACGUGGACGCUAAACAACCUCGCCGGGCAGAAGAAGCGGGCCAUGGGAGUCGCAUUCAUGAUUGCGCUAGGAAACUGCGGAGGCAUCAUCGGUAGCCUGAUCUUCAAGGGCUCCGAAAGCCCGCGAUAUCAAACCGGAUGGGGCACCAGCCUGGGUUUCAUCUGCGCCGGCAUCGUCGCUGCCACGACUCUGGAAGUGACGUAUAUGUUUAUCAAUAAGAAGCGGGACAAGAUGUCGGUCGAAGAGGUUGAGGCGACCUACACUCCUGAUGUCUUGGAGGCAAUGGGUGACCGUAGCCCACUCUUCCGCUACUCGCUAUAA